AUGGGUGAAUAUCUAGGGAAUGAUGAAGAGAGAUGCCCGUAUUUAUCCACCAUUAAUAGAAGUGUAUUAGAUUUUGACUAUGAGAAGAUCUGCAGUGUGACAUUAAAGGAAGAGCAUAUAUAUUGUUGCUUAGUAUGUGGAAUAAAUUAUCAGGGGAAAGGAAGGGACUCAGUAGCAUAUAAACACUCUCUAGAGUUAGGUCACCAUUUGUUUAUUAACUUAACGAAUUCUAUAAUUGUUUGUCUACCAAACGAUUACGAAAUUUGUGAGCACUCACUUGAGGAUAUUAAAAGAUACCUGCAUCCCAGAUUUAGUUCAGAAAUCAUCUCUUCAUCAUUAUAUAAUGUCUCUAGAACCUUUGAUGGGAUUGAAUUUUUUCCAGGAUUUAUUGGUUUAAGUAACUUUGGUAACAAUGAUUCUUUAAAUGCAAUCAUCCUAAUGCUGUCUCGAAUCACUCAAUUCAGAGACUUGUGCCUCAGUUAUAAACUGUAUGAUAAUGAAAUUGAAAAAAGAAUCCCCGAUCCACUCUUAUUCAGUAUUAUAGAGUCUAUUCAAAAAAUAUAUAACCCAAAUAAUCUUAAGGGAAAAUUUUCUCCUUAUGAUCUUGUCAAGAUCAUUGAGAAAAAAUCCGAUGGUAAAUUUCCUUUCUCAAAAACAUCUAAUAAUUCAGCAUUUUCUAACUCAUUCAUGCAGUCAAAUAUUUAUGCUCAAAAUUCAAUAAUCAUUGAUCCAAUGGCACUGUUUUCUUGGAUUAUAUAUAACUUAAAGAAAAAGAUAGACAAAUAUCUUAAGAAAUUUCAGAUAAAAUUCAUUCCAGAAACUGAAAAAAAAACAAAUAAAUCUCAUAUGAAUAUCAUUAAUGCAUGUAUUCAGGGGCAACUAUGUCUUAAAUCCAGUCAAUAUUCCAGCAGUGAACUGCUUGAAUCUAACGCAGAUAAAUCAAAAAGAUAUAAAAAGAAUUCUGAAUUAAAAUCAGACAAAAACAUUAGUUUUAACUGCCUAACUCUAACUUUACCUUCAAUAAUUGAAAGCACAAUGAAAAUAUCUAGUAGCUGUCAAAACAAUGACGAUAAGACAGUCUUCCAAAUACCAAUAUAUCAGCUACUAGACUCCAAGUUUUUCUCUUCCUCUAACUCUCAAUUAAUAUCAAAACUGCCUUGCUACUUAUUCAUUCAUAUUUCAAGAUUCUCAAAGUCUAAUCUAAAUCUUGAAAAAAACAAAACUAUAGUCUCUUUUCCACUUAUAGAUCUUGACCUGUCUCCAUAUAUUCAUCCAGAUAGUAUUUCCCUGAACCCAUGCACUAAGUAUAACUUAAUUACCAAUAUAUCGCAUAAAGGCUCCAUUCAAAAUGGCAAAUUCUUAACUCACCUCCUGCACCCUACCAGAAACGAAUGGAUUGAAAUUGAAGAUAUCAAUGUGAAGGUAGUUCUUCCCCAAGCAAUUCUUUUAAACGAAACUUACAUACUUGCCUAUAAAAGAUCUGACAUAAUAUAA